GUCUCUGCAUCACAUUCACAACACAAUCAAACUAGCUGCAAACUGCAAGUGUUCUCAGGUACUACUCGAGAGUCGAGAGCCUAGCAGCCGAGCUCGGUAGCCCAACAAUGGCUUCCACCUCGAGCUUCUCCCCGAUGGCGCUCGUCGUGGCACUCGUGCUAGUCCUAGGAACCAGCACUUGCCACGCGGCUCGCCGGCUUGCCGACGACACGGCGCCUGCCGCGGCACCGGCCGCCAUCCCGGCCAUUCCGGCAGUGCCGAAGCCGACGGUGCCGGCAGUUCCCACCGUGCCGCAGAUCCCUGCCGUGCCCGCGGUCACCGUGCCUCCUAUGCCAGCGGUGCCCGCGGUGACCUUGCCGCCGAUGCCGGCGGUGACCGUGCCAGCGGUGCCCGCGAUGCCAGCCGUGCCGGGCGCCGCGCUCCCGCCGCUUCCCGCCGCCGUCGUGCCUGCCGUGCCCAAGGUCACCCUGCCGCCGAUCCCUGGCAUGCCGAAGGUGACGCUGCCGCCGAUGCCGUCCGUGUCCAUCCCCGGCAUGCCAACAACCCCCUUCCUGGCGCCACCUCCCAAGGCCUAAUUAAGAAAGCCACGUAUGCCGCAUACGUCGCACUCUGCAGUUUUUCAAACAGAUGUCUGUGUUCUGUUGUCAGUUGGUGUUUUCCUUGUGAUGGCUUCAUUUUAUCCCUAUUCUUGUGUAAAGUUUUCCAUACAUAUGUUAGUUUUGUAAUUCUAUAUGUAUGCACAUGUAUGUAUUCAUGAAUAUUAUACGUGUAUGAUUUUACUUUUGAUUACUGAGAGAAUGUCUAUAAUUU